UGUGUGUGUGGGAGAUGGAAAAGUACCCGGGACACAAGAAAAUUCCUUCAUGAGAGCAAAAGCUCCCGGUUCCAGUCUUGUUUCUGCAGGCGGGGAAGGUAAAGGACAUUCCGAUACCACGGGCCACUUUCCACUUUUCCCUCUGGUCGCGCAGAGUUUGUGCACAGUCGUUCCCUCUCAGCCGCACUGUCAGGACCCUGAGCCGGUGGGAGAUGGCUCCCCAGCAGCAGUGUGUGAGGGCCGCAGGGCUGGCUGCGAUCGUGACACUACUGGCGCUGACGGAUGUAGCCGGCGAGAGCAGCUUGCACAAGAUCUUGAGGAAAAGAGACGUGGCAGGACCUGGUAUCACCCUGUCCAAGUCCUCGGUUGCCGUCCCUCCCUCCGAGGCUCAACAGUUCCUGGCCAAGCUGAGCAGAACCAAGAGGAACAUUUGGGAUCGCAGCCAACCGGACGUGCAGCAGUGGAUCAUGCAGUUCAUGUACAUGGGAUUUGAUGAGCAGAGGCUGGAGACCGACCUGUCGUACUGGAGGGACCAGGCACGCUCCAGCGACCAAGGGCGUCAGCAUCACUACGAUGAAAAUGCCCCCAUCGCCCCGCGUGACCACGCUUCCUACAGACACGGAGCCAACGUCAACUACGAAUACUAUUAACUCCAGGCUCGCACGCAGUCCGAGGGACGUGUGGGCGGUCUAAGGUGUUUGUUUCUUCGUGUAAGUUCAGCCUUCUCUUCUGAGAGAAUGACGUCAAGUCGUGACCUGCCACAUAAAUGCUCUUUGUCUUCAUUCGUUACAUCGGCCAGUGUGUGACCAAUUGUCUUUCUCUUCAUCCGAACAUGUCAGACACGAGGAAUGACACGGAAGUAGUCUUGGCUUUGGUCUGGCACCGUUGUAAAUAAACAUGUGGCUCCAUACCGA